AUGCGGGUUCCAGAGCAGCAGAGGGCAGGCCGCCAGGGCACCGUGUGGUCCUCCGAACCCACCGGCGUCCCCUGCACAUCCACAGGCUGCCCCCCCACCCCCCGCCCCUCCUCCAAGCUGUCUGCCCGGAACGCUGGCUCUGCACGCUAUACUGAGCGGCUCUACUCGGUCGUUUUUGAGGACAUCUGCGGGCGCUACGGGAAGAAGUACAGCUGGGACGUGAAGUCGCUGGUGAUGGGCAAGAAGGCGCUGGAGGCGGCCCAGCUGAUCAGAGACACGCUGCAGCUCCCGAUGUCCGCGGAGGAGCUGGUGGAGAUGAGCCAGGCCAAGCUGAAGGAGGUCUUCCCCACGGCCGCGCUCAUGCCAGGCGUGGAGAAGCUGAUCCGCCACCUGCGGAAGCACGAUGUGCCGUGUGCCGUGGCCACCAGCUCGGGGACGGCGUCCUUCCAGCUGAAGACCAGCCGCCACCAGGACUUCUUCGGCCUCUUCCACCACGUGGUGCUGGGCGAUGACGCGGAGGUGCGGCGCGGGAAGCCGGACCCAGACAUCUUCCUGGCCUGCGCGCGCCGCUUUUCUCCGGCUCCUCCCCCCGACAAGGUACGCGGCGCGGCUGGGAACGGGGGAGACACCCGGUGCGGGUCGGGGGCUCUCGGUGUCCACGCGGACGGCUGCUGCGCGGCUCUUGAGACUGGAAGUGAGGGCACUGAGGCGGCGGGAGCGCCGUGCCCAGGGACGGCCCUUCACUUCGUGUGUGGGAGCACGGCUGCCCCGAGACACCCACCAGACAGAACCGCGCGGGGCGCCCGGGUGGGCCCCAGAGCGCCUGGACCUGACCGGGCGCGGCCGAGGGGCCUCGUGCGCGGAGGGGCCUUCAGUGACGCGGGUCUCCAGCGUCCUGGUUUGUGA